AUGAAAUUGAGGUCUGUAGCUCGUCCUUUUGUCUUCUGUCAGAUUCACUCGGGUUCUCAAGCUCUCUUCUGGCAUGAUAAUUGGACCGGUCUUGGCCCCUUGAUCACCAUAUCGGGAGAAAAUGGUCCCCGUGUCCUUGGCAUUUCCAUUACAGCCAGUGUUUCCGAAGCUAUCUCAGGGGAUUCUUGGCUUUUUCCAAGAGGUCGUCAUAGGAUUACUCAGCUCAUCAGAGCUUGUUUACCCAGCAGUCCCCCAUCUCUGUCACCGGAUCUUCCUGAUGUUUUCCUAUGGCGGAACAGCCCAGCCUCGGAGCCUGGUCAAUUUGCAGCCUCAAAAACAUGGGAGACUUUGUAUCCAGCUCCCCCUGCAGUUCCUUGGCACAAGACAAUCUGGUUCAAAACGAGAAUUCCUAAGCAUGCCUUUCUCUCGUGGGUGGCGAUCCUCAAUAGGUUACCAACGAAAGACAGGCUGCAGCAGUGGGGAAUGAAUGUUUCUCCGUCAUGUCUUCUCUGUAAUGCUUCGGACGAGAAUCGUGAUCACAUCUUCUUUGCUUGUCCUUAUUCCCAAGAAGUAUGGACCGAGUUUUUCAGUGCUCCUGCCUUUUCUCCUCCAGCUGAUUUUGAAGGCAUCAUUUCUUGGUUACCUUCCGCAGCAGGUAAUUCUAAAGUCAAAGAUAUUUGCUACCUCCUUGUCCAAGCUAUUUUAUAUGUGUUGUGGAAAGAAAUAAAUCUGAGACUGCAUACUUCAACUAGUAAACCAUCCCAUAUUUUGGUCAAAGAGGUCAAGGUUCUUAUUAAGGCAAAGUUGUUUGGUUUGGAUCGGACAAGAAGUUCUUCCAGGCCUCAGCGAUUGCAGCAUUCUGCAGCACAUUUGGAAACAUACCUUCUUCUCUGGUUUCGCCACUUCGAUUUAUAG